AUGCUUCAAUGUUUGCCAAUUCCCCGCAUUUUCACAUCACCGUUCCGCUGCCGACAACGACCGACCUCCGCUCCGCUCCCGCCGUUUCGCCGUUUCGGCGCAUCCGCGGCGGCGACGACCGCCACGGCGUUCCCCAUGGGUCAAGCAUCGUCCGUGGGGGAAAUGAACACAGAGCCAUCCGACAAAGUCAACGGCUUUCAGGGCAACAACGUCAACAACAUGAGCAUUAACCAAGACAAGGAGAAAUCCAAAGGACCACAUCCCAAGCCAUCUGGCGAUUUUCGGACCAUGCCCUUGACGGCAUGGCAAAAGAUCCAUGCAAACUUUGAGGCGGGUGUGAGAAGGGAGAAGACUCUGAGGGCCACGGCUCCGGCAUGGACACCAGGGACUCUCUUCCCUCCGAUCGAUGCUCAAUGGUCUGUUCCCGUGCAAACUUCGACGGGUGCUCAAUCUGGGAACAGUAACUCUCAUACGCCCGAAGCAGGGAGCCGACGUCCGUCCUUCACACCUUAUGGCUACCCUGGCGCCGCCGCGGGCGCGCCGCAUGCUCCACAGUACCCGGAGCAAGUGAUGCAGCAAAUGAUGAUGCAGAAAGCCUUCUACGACGGUUGGGUUGAUGCCGCUGCCCGUGCCGCUGGUUCAGCGAUGCCGCCCGGGGCCCCUGGGGCGGCCCCUGGCGCCGUGACGCCACCCUUGACCCCUGCCGUCCAAACACCUGUCUUGGGAGGAGUGGCUGCUUCACUUAACGCACACGUGCAGGCCAUGCAAGCAGCACAGGGCCAACCGCCAAGUCCUGCUCGACAGGUGGCACCUGUGAGCCCUGGAGCCUUACCAAACACGCCAUCGCAGGCCUCGACGGGUGACCUUUCGUGGCACCAACGCACCGAUGGUUUCCAGGUGCCGCAAGCACCAGCCGGAGGAGUCUUUGUUUCAGGAAAGGAUAGUCCGAGGUCCAGCAUUUUGAAGUUAUGCGGUGCCUGGGGUGCGUUAGCAGCACCUCCUGUAGCUCCAAAGCCUACGGUGCGUUUGGCCACAGAGAAAGGCUUUGCUCAUGACCGCGCCGAGCUCUUGUUCUUCCGCCGGCCCAUGGAACGACCCAAGGAGCUGGCGACCUUGGGCUGUGCCAAGGUUUGAAAAAUGCAGCCCAAGGAGAGACGGAAAUUCUGAGAGAACGGCGUGGAACCGGUGAAACUGAC